AUGUCCCAAGCUUCCUUUGGCGUUCGGGCAUCUUUGAUCCGUUGUAAGAAGUCUUCUUCUACAGCUAUGGUUAAAGCGUACAUGGCUUUACCUGCUUUAACCUUCCACUUCUUUAAGGUGUCAGAAUCACCUACUAGUCUUUGCGGUACAACGUCUGGACGUACCGGUGUUGAGGUUGAGGUGUCAGAAGUUGUGUCUGUGCUUCUUGCUUCUCUUGGUGGCGUCGUCUCAGCUCCGUUCAUGAUAUCCCAUAAAUCUUGCCCGAGCAAAUAA